AUGAUCCAAGACAACAAGUGGUGGAAAGACGCUACCGUCUACCAAAUUUGGCCAGCUUCAUAUAAAGAUUCCAACGGUGAUGGUGUUGGUGAUAUUCCAGGUAUCAUUUCAACUUUAGACUAUAUCAAGAAUUUGGGAGUUGAUGUCAUUUGGCUUUCUCCAAUGUACGAUUCCCCACAAGAAGACAUGGGGUAUGAUAUUUCAGACUAUACCAAGGUUUAUCCAAAAUACGGUACUAUGGAAGAAAUGGACCAAUUGAUCAAAGAAUGUCACGCUCGUGGACUUAAGUUGGUCUUAGAUUUGGUUAUUAACCACACUUCUGAUCAACACAAAUGGUUCCAAGAGUCCAGAUCCUCCAAGACCAACCCAAAGAGAGACUGGUACAUUUGGAAGAAGCCACGUUACGAUGCUGACGGUAACAGAAAGCCACCAACCAACUGGAUUUCUUACUUCUCUGGUUCCACUUGGGAAUAUGAUGAAAAAACCGAUGAAUACUAUUUACAUAUGUUCGCUGUUGGUCAACCAGACUUAAACUGGGAAAAUGAAGAAACUAGAAAGGCAAUCUACCAAGAUGCUUUAAAAUACUGGUACGAAAAGGGUGUUGAUGGUUUCAGAAUCGAUACUGCUGGUAUGUACUCUAAGAGAUCGUAUGAAGAUGCUCCAAUUGUAUUCCCAGACUCGGAAUGGCAACCAUGUAAGGAGUUCCACCAAAACGGUCCAAGAAUUCACGAAUUCCACAAGGAAAUGGUCGAACAGGUCACUGGCCACUAUGAUGUCAUGACCGUCGGUGAAGUUGGUCACGGUUCCAGAGAAGAAAACUUAAAGUAUGUUAGUGCUAAGGAAAAGGAAAUGAACAUGAUCUUCCUUUUCGACCUUGUCGAAUUAGGAUCAGACCCAAGAGACAGAUUCGCCUACAAUGGUUACAAGCUUUCAGAAUUAAAGAAAGCCAUCGAAAACCAAAGUGUCUUCCUUGAAGGUACAGAUGGAUGGCUGACAACUUUCUCUGAAAAUCACGAUCAACCAAGAUCUGUUACCAGAUUUGGUAACGAUUCUGAUGAAUGGAGAGUUAAGUCUGGUAAGUUGAUCGCCAUGAUGAUUGCCUCAUUAACUGGUACUCUUUACCUUUACCAAGGUCAAGAAAUCGGUAUGACCAAUGUGCCAAAAGACUGGGAUAUCAGCGAAUACAAGGAUAUCAACUCCAUUAACUACUAUGCUGAACUUGUCAAGAAGUAUGGUGAUGACAAGAAGAAGAUUGCUGAGUUUAUGAAAACUUUAAACCUUGUUGCCAGAGACAAUGCCAGAUCUCCAGUUCAAUGGGAUGCCAGUGCUCACGCUGGUUUCACCACUGGAACUCCAUGGACCAGAGUCAAUGACAACUACCCUAAGAUUAAUGCUGCUUCUCAAGUUAAUGAUCCAACUUCUAACUACUCCUUCUGGGUUGAUAUGCUCAAGGUUAGAAAGAGCAACAAGGAAUCUUUGAUUUACGGUAAGUUGGAAGUCGUUGACUUCGAAAAUGAAGAAGUGUUCUCUUACUUCAAGGAAAGUGACGAUGGAAAGUACAAGUCAUACGUUGUCUUAAACUUCACUGAUAAGUCCAUUCCAUUCAAGUCUCUUGCCAGUGGUAAGACCGAGUUACUUAUCAGUAACCAACCAGACUUGGUCGAAGACACUUUAUCUCCAUACGAAGGUAGAGUUUACAAGGUCCAAGUUUAG